AUGCUUGUCGUUUAUCUUGGCCUCUCCUCCUUUCAUCGAACUCCAACUGUGACUCCCUAUCCUCCUCUCCCCUCCUCCUCUCAUCCUCUCACCCUCUCAUCCUCUCAUCCCCCUCAACCAGGCGUUGGGAAUGUGGUGGUGGAGAGGGAGCAUGCUGCAGCAGCAAGAGCAAGGCAGGGGAGCCGUGCAGGCCUGAACAGUUCUCUCAACUGCUCUCCUUCUCUCCCCCCUUCUUUCUCCAGGCGUUCGGAAUGUGGUGGCGGAGAGGGAGAAUGGGCUGCAGCAGCAUCCCGCAGCAGCACUAGCAAGGUCACUCAUACGCUGUGCUUCCCCCUCCUCCUCUCAUAUUCUCAUCCCCCUAUUUCCAGGCGUUCGGAAUGUGGUGGUGGAGAGGGAGCAUGGGCUGCCGCAGCAUCCCGCAGCAGCACUAGCAAGGUCACUCAUGCGCUACGCUGUGCUUCCCGCUCCUCCUCUCAUAUUCUCAUCCCCCUGUUACCAGGCGUUGGGAAUGUGGUGGUGGAGAGGGAGCAUGGGCUGCCGCAGCAGGGGUAUGGGAAGGAAGGGUGCCGUGCAGGCAUGAAGGCUCGUUCAGCUUCUCUCCUCCUUCCCCCAUUCUCCAGGCGUUCGGAAUGUGGUGGUGGAGAGGGAGCAUGGGCUGCAGCAGCAUCCCGCAGCUCAUCUCAUCAACAACAGAACCAUGGAGCUCAGCAGCCCCCUUUAGAGGAGUGGCGCUCGUUUGUGCACUGCACUCACAUGCUGGGGCGAGAGCUGGGGAAGCAGGACCACUUCAAAGGGCAGGAAGGCCUAUCACACAUAAGCCCAGCCUCUGUGGCGCAUUUCUCGCAGAACAAGCUGCUGUCGCUGCUGCUGGAGCAGGCGCUCUCUGACGCACGCUUUUCUCAGCAGCAGAAGUGGUUACCACAAGAUAAAAACCAGUCACCGCACCAGGAGAAGACACCACAACAGGAGCUGUUACAACCGAAUACGGAGUUUCCGCCGAGCGACGGGUUACAUCUGCCUCCAGCUCUCUUUGGCUACUCUGCUGACUCGCAGCUGCAGCGGGUGCUGUCAGUGCAUGGAGGGGGGAAGGAGGAAGCUGAGAGGGUGACUAUGCAAGCGGGUCAGCAGAAACUGCAGCGCGUGACAAUGCAGGGGCACAGGCAGCUGAAGCAUGUGACAAUGCAGGGGCACAGGCAGCUGCAGCGGGUGCUCUCGGUGCAUUUCUCCUCGCGCUCCCUCGGGCUGAGACUGCUUGCGCUGCCCCGCCCCGCCAUGCUCUAUUUUGUGUACAACAGAGAAGGUUUAGGAGUGGUGGUGGCGCACUGCUUGAGGGAAGGAGAAUUUGUCGCCCAGGUGAGACGAAGAGUGUGA